AUGCGGCAGACAGGACUCGCCCUCCUGGCUCUGGCUGCCUGUGCGGCUUUUCGCCCCUCGGAAGCCAUACUUCCCAUUGCCUCCAGCUGCUGCACCGAGGUUUCGCAUCGUAUUUCCAGAAGGCUUCUGGACAGAGUGACGACAUGUCGCAUCCAGAGAGCCGAUGGGGAUUGUGACCUGGCUGCUGUCAUCCUUCAUGUCAAGCGCAGAAGAGUCUGUGUCAGCGCGCACAAUCACGUUAUUAAGCAGUGGAUGAAAGACCAAGCAGCCCAGAAAGAGACUAAAGGCAACAUUUGCCAUAAGAAGAGACACCACGGGAGGAGGAACAGUAAAAGGGCGCAUCAGGAAAGGCAGGAAACACAUGGCCAUAAAACGCCUUAUUAG